CGGAAGUGACGCGCGUUCUGGAGGUCAUUGCGCGGCCUGGUUUCCGGUGUGUCCUUGAGCUGUCCUGCAAUGUUAUCCCGCUGCCUAGUCCGGGUCCUGCGCCGACCUCUGAGCGCUGUACAACGGGGGGAGUUUCAGCGGCGCCCUCUAGUGGGAAUAUCUGGGUGCCCUGUGAGUAUGGGAAAAGACACAAAUCGCUGCACAUCUGCUUCUGUCCUGAGUAACGUCCGAUUCUACAGAACCUCUGCAGUGUGCAGGCAAGAUGUGGUGACCGUCAAUACCCCGGCAUUUGCAGAAUCUGUCACAGAAGGUGAUGUCAGGUGGGAGAAAGCUGUCGGCGACACAGUGUCUGAAGAUCAAGUCGUAUGUGAGAUUGAGACUGAUAAGACCUCAGUGCAGGUCCCGGCUCCCUCUGCUGGGGUAAUAGAGGCGCUUCUGGUUCCUGAUGGGGGGAAGGUGGAGGGCGGCACACCACUGUUUGUUCUUCGGAAGUCAGGAGCUGUUCCCACAAAGGCUAAACCUACUGAAACCACUCCACCCCCUGCGGUGAAGCCCCCAGCUGCUCCCACAUCUGACCAGGUUGCUGGACCCAUUCCCACCACACUACCACCAGUGCCCCCAGUAUCUGCUCAGCCAUUGGAAACCAAACCUGUGUCUGCAUUGAAGCCAUCACCCGCUGCCCCAGUUUCUGAGAGCCCAAGUGCUGCUGGCUCCCGAUCAGAGCAAAGAGUGAAGAUUAAUCGAAUGCGGCAGAGAAUUGCACAGCGUCUGAAGGAAGCCCAGAACACCUGCGCAAUGCUUACAACAUUCAAUGAAGUUGACAUGAGUAACAUCCAGGAUUUGCGCUCUGUGCAUAAAGACGCCUUCCUGAAGAAGCACGCACUGAAGCUUGGGUUCAUGUCUGCGUUUGUGAAAGCUGCAGCCUUCGCUCUGCAAGAUCAACCAGUUGUCAACGCUGUUAUUGAUGAUACAACCAAGGAGAUUGUUUACCGGGACUAUAUUGAUAUCAGCGUGGCUGUGUCAACCCCCAGGGGUCUCGUGGUCCCAGUGCUGAGAAAUGUUGAGAAGAUGAACUUUGCAGAUAUUGAGAGGACAAUCAGUGAGCUGGGGGAGAAGGCCCGUAAAAAUGAACUGGCCAUAGAAGAUAUGGAUGGAGGAACAUUCACUAUUAGUAACGGAGGGGUGUUUGGCUCCUUAUUUGGCACACCUAUCAUUAACCCGCCUCAGUCUGCCAUCCUGGGCAUGCAUGGCAUAUUUGAGCGUCCAGUUGCUGUUGCUGGCAAGGUGGAGGUCCGUCCCAUGAUGUAUGUGGCUCUCACGUAUGAUCACCGCUUAAUCGAUGGUAGAGAAGCUGUUCUUUUCCUGCGCAAGAUAAAGUCUGUGGUGGAGGAUCCACGUGUCCUAUUACUGGAUCUCUAAAGGACAAGUCCCAUGAUGUUUUUUCUUCAUUAUAAUCCCUUUUUAAUCAGCUUCUGGAUUACGUUUUGGAGGCUUCUCAUGACUCGGGGACUUGGUUGUCCUUGCAGGGGCAAAGCAUGACUCUGUGGUGCUGAGGGAGGGGAGCCCUGCAGUGGACCCGGACUCUCUAUUCUGAUAACCUGUCUCUUUGCAAGGGCCACAAAAGAAAUACUCUGCUCCUUUCAGCACAGCCUGUGCCCAUGGGUUAUAGACGUCAUUACUAGCACCUUGAUAUUUACAAAGCAAAAUACCAUAUUUAAAGACCUUUAUGAUUUUAAAAUAUUAAAUGCUGUUGAAGUCACCAGUUCUGGGAGCUGGGUCUACUUGCCACGUGGUAGGUUUGCAUUAAAUUACCACUCACUGGA